AUGAAUCGAGCAUCCAAAAACCCACCCCCGACAAUCAAACCACCCCCUGCGAGGUGGGCUUCGCUUGGGAUCACCGUGCUCAAGAAAAUUGCCGAGAAGAAGGAUGACGCCCUGAGGCGUGAAAUUUUAGAGAUAUCGCGGAGCCUUUAUGGUCAAGAUGCGAAAACGCUGCAAAUCGAUGCGGUGGUCAACCUAGUACGUGGACGCAAUACGUUCCUCCUCGCCGGGACCGGUUAUGGAAAAUCUCGUAUACCUGAGUUGUAUUUCCGGACGCUCCCCAUCAGUGAGAAGCCGGUCAUUAUAGUUCUGAAUCCCCUCGACUCGCUUGGAGACAACCAAGUACUGGAAAAAAAGGCCGCCAAGUUUACCGCAAUUAAUCUGACAAGUCUCACAUUUAACAAGGAUGAGGCCGAACUGAUUGCCAAUGGGUUUUACAACUUUGUUUAUCUCUCCCCUGAGAUCUUUCUGAACAGCAAGAUGUGGGAUCGGGUCUACUUCAGCGAUAUGUUUCAGCGGCGUUUGGGCCUGGUUGUGCUUGACGAGGCUCAUAUGGUCUAUGAAUGGGGGAUUGUGGAAAAAACUCGUGGAAGGAAGCGAUCAUCUGCUCUGGGUCGACACGAGGAUCGAGGUAUCUUUAGGCCCAGUUACGGGAAUCUAGGUGGUCAUCUCAUGACUCGGAAUAACAUGCCUAUGUUAUUGAUGUCGGCAACUUGCCGUCCAGUGGCCAUCGAAGCUAUAAAGACAAGCCUGAAGCUCUCAGACCACACCUUACGGAUGUUGAACGGAGAACUCACUCGGCCUGGCAUUCGCUUUAUCCGGGUGACAAUGGAUUAUUCGUUAAGCUCGUGCGAGGAUCUACUAGACCUCUACGCUCGCAAAACAACCACGCCGGAUGAAAAGGUGGUCCCAACGAUUAUUUACAGUGGAUCCCGGCACCGGACGAUGAAAGUACUUGAUGUGUUGGACCGGGCCCGCGGGUCAGCAGACUCUGUGAAUAACUCGGAAUCUACUUUUGCGCGACGUUUCCACUCAAUCACCGGCGACUUGUGCAAAAUUGACGUUGCCGACGACUUUGCUGCAGGGAAAUUUCCCAUUGUUUCGGCAACUAUGGCCCUGGGUUUGGGGCAGAACUGGUCCCGGGUGCGCUCGGUCAUCCACAUGGGUCGAGGGGAUCCGGCGGCAAUUUGUCAGAUGCUUGGUAGAUGUGGGAGGGAUGGGCGGCCUGGGGUGGCUAUCAUGUUUGUCGAGAAGACACGGAUUGGCGGGAAAAAUCGGGUUGACCAAAUCCUGGAUGGGGUUGAGCAAUCAGACGAUGACCGGAUGGAUGGGUUGGCAAUCACUCCUGUGUGCCUCCGAAUUGCUUUUUCUCUGGACACAAAGCUAGGAUAUAUACCUAUGUCAAUCAAAGACCAAGGGUAUCAGAAUGAAAAAUCACGUGAGGAGCGUCUGGGUUUUGCCCAGUGUAGGUGUUCCAACUGCAUGCCAAUGGAAGCCAACACAUUCAUUGAGAAUAUGAAGCUAAUGACGGUGGAUAAUAUUGAUCGAAUGAUCACAACCGACCUCAAUGCCUAUGAGACUGGGGCAUUGGUUCCCAAACACCCAAAGCUCAAGAUCCAACGUCCUUGGAUGUCUAACAAACGGGCGCUUGCGGACCCGGAGGAUCUGAGAAAUUUCAAGAGGCAAAUGCGGGAGACGGUGGAUGAACUGCACCAGAACGAACAUGGGGACAACACCUUUUUCACUCCAAGCCAACUGUUCCAAGAUAAAAAAAUAGAUCUCAUUGCACACCAUGCCGACAAGCUGUUAACUUUAAAAGACAUACGGGAAAAAGCCCACAUCAAUGCCAAAGAAGACAGCAACAAGCUCGCGAGCGGAGGCCGCAACCCAAGCACUAGUUAA